AUGACGACGAACAACCCGGUAAGUCUGAGUUUUUCCUUGGCAUAAGUUGCAGUCACAAGGGACUAUUAGCUGCUGUCUUUGUUUUCGUUUCGCAGACUCGGCAGAAUGCGAGUACGGCAUCGUGCUGCUCGAAUGACCCAUUCUUUUCUACUACCUUUCGCGCUAAAAUGUCAUUGUGAUGGUGGCGACGUUAUUGGCUGUUUUAUUUUGGCGUGCAAAAAUCCAUGCGGCCUCCUUCAGGAAAGAGAUUCACGCUAAAAACAAAUCAUAGGUGUCGACGGAUGUCGAAGGAACUGUGAAAAGAUUUUUUUGCUUCACUUUCCUUGAACUUCUUCGAGGCACAAUGAACGGUAAUAUAUUUGAAAAGUUUAUCGGGGAAGCGUUGAAUAAUGUUUCGCCAAGUAUAUUGAUUGAAUUAGUGGCGAAUGGGAUCACUUCUAAGGUGACAACACAGCCUUCUUGUACAGCUCAGGAGUUGGCAAAUGGUGAAAAAGUCGUUUUAGAUAUGAAAAAGCAGGACUUCACUGCCACACAGUUGUUGCAGCCGAGAAAACACAUGCUCAAAACACAUUUAAGUUAAAGUUUGCUGCAGCCUAGUCUAACUUUUAUCAGUUUUUACAGCUGAAGUAGCCUUAAAUUUAAAAUAUGAGCUCAAGCUUAAACUUAAGCUUGUCUGCAGUUAACUUAAACUUAUUUUAACUCAUUUUACACGUCGUGCAGUAGCUUUUUUUCACAACUAAAUUGGUGAGGGUUGUCAUUUAAGCAAAACCACAAAGAGCAGUCAAAAGCGAGCGUCCAUUUACUUUGCUAUUAUCCCAAUCCAUCUCGCUAAUUAAACACCUUGCUAGCUGAACUGUAAAGUCGUGUUCUAUUGGGACGGACCAGAGAAUGUAAACAGUAGUUUUUCAUGAUCUUCUUAAGCUCAAGUUACACUAGCCUGUUCACAGACCAUCUAUUUUUCCUCAAAGUCCUUCAAGCACACCUGAUAAAAAAAGAAAAACCGCGGGAGAUUUAUUGAUCGCCAGCAUUUCUUUCUUGCCCUCCGCGCUCGCCGAUGAUUUCUAAAAGAACAAGAAGAAAAUAAAACAAAGUCUGUGUACCGGUUAACGUUACAUAAACGUAGACACUUCAACUGAAGGCAAAUACACUGCCUGCCGAAGAGCCGGUACUAAAUAAAGUUUCAGUCAACUUAUCAUAGCUUAUAGCUGGACAUCCUUUCACUGACAUACAUAUAUUAUCUACCUACACCUCCAUUUGCAGUACGUUUUGAGAGGAGCAGCAAAAGUGGUAGGCAUCUGGGAAAGUGCUCGAUCGUUUAGAGGGAUCCCUUCAAAGACAAUUGACAAAGUAUUAUCAAAGGUAAUUUUACUUACUCUAUUUCAGAAAACUAAAAGCUUUUGACCUGCAUCCCAAAAUGGCACAAAAUCAGCCUUGAAUGCCUGACUGACAGUGGUAUGGGCAGCUAGACCUCGCCGAUGAUAAUUACCCACCAUUACCUUUAGUACCUUCAAAACCAAAGAAAAGUCCAUUCAAUCGUGAAUCCCUCUCCGUCUUUGUAUUAGAGACUUAAGCUUACAGUGCUUUUUCGUAUGAUCAUGUUUAAGUGGCAACAAGACUUCCAACUACAACUAGCAGGAUACUCUGCACAAAAACUUGUCAGGAAGAAAUCGAAAUCACAUUAACAACACCUAAGUACUGGAAACGUUCCAAAAAGGUAUGUAAAUGUAAAUAAUGCAAACUCAGAUUUAUUCCUCAUAAACUAAUUAAAACUUCAAUUAAUAUUAAUAAAAAUACAAGUCAAUUACCUCUCUCGUCAUUUAAGUGAUGGUAGUUUAUCUCAUCGGGGUUGCAUUAAAUAUUAAUUAUCAAAUACUAUUGUUAGUUAUUAAUCUGCACUCCUUUCUAUUUCGGUAGCUUCAAAAAUAUGGUAAAACUCAGUUGACAAGAGUAAGGGAAACAGUGGAUAACAUGCCCAAAGCACCAGAAGUACCAACUGCAAAACGUACCUCAACAGUUGUGAAAGACAAACUCACCAAAACCAUGUUAGAGACAAACAUCAACAGUACUAGCAGUGAUGAGGAGGAAAGUGACUUUAGUUUUAAU